GAAGCAAACAUUACAGGACAGGAGAGGCAGAUAUAAUGAAUAGAUAAAUGCACAUGAUGCACCCUUUACUGUAUAUGAGCGUGAUGAUACAUUUCCAACAUGUGUUAGCAAAGUAUUACAAUGUUCAGUUUUGCAUGUUUUACUUUUCUUUUUUCUUUGCAGUGAAAGAUGGCUGCCAGACACCAUUUAAUCAAACUGCGUACAGAACAGCUAAAACCACCAUCACAUGUGAUUACCCUAACGAAUACAACUCCAGUGUCAAGUUUAUCUGCAAAGACAACAAUGAAAUCUGUGAGGAGAUUUUAUCAACACAGUCUUCUGUAAAGUCAAACGGGACUUUCACUCUCACAGACACCAACAGCUUCAACAUGUCCAUCAGUAAUGUGAGCUCACAGCAUGCUGGUGUCUACUUGUGUGGAGUCAAAUCAAAUGAAGGAAGUUACAGAGUUUCACUCAGAAAAAUACAACUGGAGAUUAAAAAUAUUACAAUCUUAAAAAGAUCCUCAACUAUUGGACAAACUUUCACAUACUGGUGUUAUUACACACAAGGUGCUCCCAUUAAGAAAUUCAUCUGUAAGGGAGAAGAUCCAUCUAUAUGUCAACCUCUAUGGAGCACCUCAAAGCCCAGGACGAACACUAGGAAGUUUUCAGUGGAGGAUGUCAAAAAGACAGGAAAUGUCACCAUAACUGUGAGAAACUUAACAACAGAUGACGCUGGGACAUACUGGUGUGGAGCACAAAACACUGACAAUAGACACAGUAACCCAUUCUUCAACAGACUGGAGAUGACUGUAGGCUGUGAGGCCUCGUCUGAAGUGAAGGGAUGUGAAGGAGGAUGGGUUGAACUCACCUGCAAAUACCCAAGAGCAGAUCAGGAAUAUCAAAAGAUAGAGGUUAUUAAUUCCAGAGGAUCAAGCAUACAAACCACUACAAAGGAUGUGUGGGAUGGGGAUGACAGAUUUUCCCUGUACCAUGAUACAAGAAAUAAAAAUCUCAGGAUGGCCAUUAAACAACUUGAACAUGAUGACUCUGGGAAGUACAACUGUAAAUUUUACCAAGACAAGUCGUCUGAGGAACCUGAUGAACUGGAACUGAAAGUCGGUAAGAGAUGCUGCAUCUGUAUCAAAGAAGUUUAA